AUGCAUUUCAAGUUGGGAGCCGGCUUGGCUCUUCUCGCUGCUCGCAAUGUCUUCGCCGUUACCCAGAUCAGCGAUGAUGAGAUGGGCUCACUCCUCAAUGCUGGCGGCGUAGAUUUAGCAGACCGCUAUGCGCCCAUGUGGUUCUUUGGUCAAGCUCAGAACCAGCCUCCUUGCUACCCGACAUGGGCGUUCGGUGGCUCUCCGAACGCUGCAGAUGUAUAUGACAAUUCUCACAAAACACCUGCUGCGCCGCAGUGCGACUACCCAAAUGUUGGGUGCAAGUGUCGCAAUCCUGGUGUUGGUAUUGGGAAUGCUGGCCCUGCCUUCCCGAUAUACUAUACAUACCAGAAAUGCAACGAUGCCGAGGUGCGCGUGGUGUACAAUCUCUUCUAUGAGAAGGAUGGUGCCAAGUUUUCUGGUAUCAACACUGGACAUGACUACGACUGGGAGCGAGUGGUGAUUAUCCAUUCUCGCGAUGCCAACAAUAUGUGGGCGCCAUCACGGGCACUGCUCUCUGCACACAGUGGUUAUCACAAUUUAGCGUGGGGUGAUAUUCAAAAUACACUUACUACCGACGAGGUAAACGCCGGCAAAGCAAAGGAUCCAAACGGAGUGAAGAACAACGACCACCCCAAGGUGUAUGUGUCGUGGUCGAAGCAUGCUCACUUCGAUACUCGCAACACUGGCUGGAACGACCCGGCGAGUCAGUCUUUGGACAAUGCAUUCCGCAGCCAGGAUUGGUGGCACUUUGUUGAACCGCAACACUAUAUCCGAGCCGACGAUAGUACCGAUGCUGGAAAAGCAAUUGGGGCUGCGGAUUGGGGGAGCGCAACUAGUAACCCGCCUUCUGUGCAGUCCGGUGUUUGUGGUGCGUCGUAG